AUGGUAUCACUUGAUAGAGUGUCUGAUUUAGCAUCAAUAACUACUGAACAAGAAUUGAAAAAUGAUGAAGAAUUGUUAAAACCUUUAAAUCGAAAUAUUGAAGAAUAUGCCUAUUGGGAACAACAAAUUGAUGCCGUACUAUCGUUAUUAUGCAGGAAUGGUAUUAUGAAUGGUCAUAUUUUACGAAAAGGAAUAGAAUCAAUCGAUAAAACAAUCUACAAUAAAUUAAGUUAUUAUGAACGAUGGGCAAUUUCUAUUGCUAAACAUUGUUUGGAAUCUGGCGUAUUAACUCAAGAAGAUUUGAAUAAAAAAUAUGGUCCACCUUUACAUUCAACAGAUGAACAAUUAUUUCAUGUUGGUGAUAAAGUACGUGUUCAUCAUGAAAAUUAUGCUACUCGUUGGAUUAAACCUCAUUUACGUACUCCUGGUUAUUUAUAUGGUAAAGUUGGUAUUAUUGAAAAGUGUUGUGGAUCAUAUCCUAAUCCGGAAUAUUUCGCUUAUGAUAAUACUAGUAGUACUACUCAUCAACAACCUCUUUAUCGAGUAAGAUUUAAUCAGAAAUAUAUUUGGAAUAAUUAUGAAGGUAAUGUUGAUGAUACUAUUGAUGUAGAAGUUUAUCAACAUUGGUUAAUGCCUGCAUUUCAACUCGAUUCAUCAACAGACGAAGAGAAAAAUGAAGAUUAUCAUGAAGAUGAUUUUGAUCAUCAACAUCAAAAUCAUAAUCACGAUCAUAUUCAUGAAGCUAGAGCUAUUGUCGAACAAACAGCGAUAAAUCGUGAAGGAGCACCAUUACCUGCUCAACAUUUAGCAGAAUCAUUGAUUAGUGCAUUAUUUGAUAAAAACAUUAUCAAUUAUGAAGAAUUACGUAAACAGAUUGAAACUAAUCAGACAACUGGAACAAAAUUAAGAGGAGCGAAUAUUGUUGUUGAAGCUUGGUUAAAUCCUCAAUUUAAAGAACAUUUAUUAAAAGAUGCUACAAAUACAAUUGUGGAAUUUUUGAAACUUGACAAAUUAAGUAAUGAUAUGAUAGUUGUAGAAAAUACUGAUAAAAUUCAUAAUUUAAUUGUAUGUACUCUUUGUUCGUGUUAUCCUCGACAGUUGCUUGGUAAUCCACCAGGUUGGUAUAAGUCAAGAUCGUAUCGUGUUCGUGCACCUAGAAAUCCUCGUUCGAUUUUAAAAGAAUUUGGAACUAUACUUCCUGAUCAUAUGAAAAUUCAAGUUCAUGAUAGCACUGCUGAUUUACGAUAUUUGGUAAUUCCUCGUCGUCCUGUUAUGACUCAAAAUUGGUCUCGAGAACAAUUACUUUCAAUAGUUACUCGUGAUAGUA